CGGGCUGCUCAGCGGCGGGGCUGCCUUGAGGAGUGUCCCUCGUUCGGUCGCCUCCUUCCGCGCACCUGCUGCCGCUGCCGCCGGCAACCGCCGCCUCUUCCUUCCUCGCUUCCGGCCUGCCAGAUACGGCCCUCGCGCGCGGCACGAGCAGGCCCCGCUCUCCGCUUAACCCUCUCGUCGCCGAGCCUCUCCUUUCCUUCUUCUUCUUCUUCUUCUUCCUCCUCCUCCUCUUCCUCGCGCCCCGAGCGGAGCCGGUGGGCGGCGCGGCCAUGGCGGACACGGCGCAGAACGGGCCCAUGCAGGGAGGCGCGGGCGGCGGAGCCGUGCAAUUUCUGAUUACUAAUAAGUUGGAUACAGCAAUGUGGCUUUCCCGUAUAUUCACGGUUUACUGUUCUGCUUUAUUUGUCCUGCCUCUUCUAGGGUUGCAUGAAGCAGCUAGCUUUUAUCAACGUGCCUUGCUGGCAAAUGCUCUUACCAGCGCCCUUCGACUUCACCAAAGGCUACCACAUUUUCAGCUAAGCAGGGCAUUCCUGGCUCAAGCCUUGCUGGAGGACAGCUGCCACUACCUUUUGUAUUCCCUCAUCUUUGUCAAUUCCUACCCUGUUACAAUGAGUAUUUUCCCAGUUCUGUUGUUUUCUUUGCUUCAUGCUGCCACCUACACAAAGAAGGUUCUUGAUGCACGAGGUUCAAAUAGUCUUCUUUUCCUAAGAAAUCUCUUGGACAAGUUAAAUGCGAAUCAGCAAAACAUCCUGAAAUUUAUAGCUUGCAAUGAGAUUUUCUUGAUGCCGGCUACUGUGUUUAUGCUUUUCAGUGGGCAGGGAAGCUUGCUGCAGCCAUUUAUUUACUACAGAUUUCUUACACUCCGUUAUUCCUCCCGCCGAAAUCCAUAUUGCCGAACCCUCUUCACAGAACUUCGGAUUGUUGUCGAGCAUGUCAUAAUGAAGCCGUCCUGCCCGGCAUUUGUACGAAGGCUCUGCGUCGGCAGCAUUUCUUUUAUAAGCAGACUGGCACCAACAGUUGCAUAGUCAACCCUGGAAACAUGCGUAUGUUUGUCUGAUGAACUUUCUAAGCAGCUGGUAUUUCUGCUGGUGAUUUAUAAAUUCUGGAUCUCAGUCAAGGUUGUAUGGAAACAUGUUUUCUUCCAAGAGCCUGUUCUGUGAAUUGUAUCCUAUACGUUUAAAAAGUCUUGUUUUUCAAGAUGUUUCCGUGCUUUGUGGAAGAUGAAUGCUUGCCAUCUUAGACAGAAUACUUUCCAAUGCAAAACAAUGACGACAACCCUGCAUUGUACAAUAUGGCUCUUGUGCUGUCACGUAUGUCCUCUUUGAUACUGAAUGAAAAUACUCAUUCAAAAAAAAUAAAUGUCCAGGCAAUACUAGCUGGAUUGUGUCUAACAAGCUAUAAGCUGUGGCUGCAACAUAACUAGUAGCGUCAUAGGGGUACCUAUUGAAAUCUCUACCCAUGCGGUACAUUUGAGUCAGUAUUCCUUCCAUUCAGUAAAUGAGACAAGUUUAGUCAGUUGAGUAAAUCAUUGUGGUCAAUACAAAUCAAUUGGCAUCUACUUCGAAUGUGAACAGUAGAACGAAGCAUCAAAUUUCAUUGUUCUGAUUUAUUUAACGCUUUUGAAAUGGAAAGCUCUCCACCCUUCCCUAAGCACUUUAUUUCUUUGUAAAGUAAAUAUUUCUAUAGAUCAUAUGAAUGCCCAAUUUUUCCCCCUGUCUUCCAAAAAGCAGGCUUCUUAAAAUGCCAGUCUUUGAAAAGUCUGAAUAAUAAAGAUGGAUGUUACAUUAAUUUUCAAUAUACAUUGGAAGUGUUGCCCUUGUGAGGUAAUUUUUAAAGUUCAUGCAGUUAGGCUAGUCCCAAACACCAUUGCAUACUCACGGUGCAAUGCUAAACAUGACUGUAGCUGUAAAUUACAUUAUGACAUGGGUCUGCCUUCCAAGUUAGGAGCAUCAGUCUUCUCUCUUCCUCCACCUUCAGUUUGUAUGCAUGGGCACGUGUCUCCUGCCCCAGCCCUUUCUCCUGUACACAUGGUCAGGAAACUGAGAGGAUGUGAUUGUGGGAUCACAGCUCUGUUGCGACCUCAUAGGACUUCUGUCUCUGUGGAUGCUGCGCCUGUACAGGGAAGCAUCCUGUCCAUCAUGUCCAAACUAGAGGGACUAUUGUGUAAAGCAGAGGUGUGGAAACUCUGGCCCUCCAGAUGAUGUUGCUCUCCAACUCGCAUCUUCCUCAGCCAGCAUGGCCAGAGGUCAGGGAUGAUGGGAUUGUUAGUCUAAGACCUGGAGGGUCACAAGUUUCCCACCACAGGAAUAAAAUAAUGUUGCAGUACUUCUUCCCUAGAGAAGAAGCGCUCUUCCAGUAAUUGUAGCCUUAUUUCAGUAGAAGUGGGGCUGUUGUCUUACAAAGCAGAGGUAAUUGGAAGUCUGGUCAUUGGCUAUUUCAGCAUACCAAGAAGGAAAAAAACUGUACAAAUUGGUUCACUUAACAGAUUCAGCGACCUAAUAGUUUUGAUUCCCAUGAUAAGCCGGUUAUUGAAUUUCCUGAGGACUGAAGAGCAUUUUAAACUGAGUUGCUUCACACGUGCAUAACUUGCCUACUUCCUCUUGAAGCAGAGCUGACCAACUUUUUAAAAAUUUUGGUCUGAGGGUUACAUUCCUGUAGUCAACCCACCUGGGGCUGCACACACUCGUACGCACAGGUACAUAGCCCAUCCCUUUUCAGUUGAUCCUUGCAGAUCAGCUGAGAAAAGGGCUGUUGCCCCCUCUCUGCUCCUGAAGUGGUAACUGGGGAAGGGUUAUUUGCAUAUCCACCAAGAGUCUGGGCAGAGAAAUUUAAGCCUUUCUGAUCACCCCAGUGCUGUGACUACUCCCCAAUUUUUUAUGUCACCCCCGUAUACUUGGUCUGAAUCACGUAAUAUUACUUGGACCACCCAGAAUGAAACCUGCUCCUGAGAAAUACUCGGGAGAGGUUUUGCAUAAUGAUAGCUGAUGGUUUAGUGAACACAUGUCCUAAACGCGCAACCCAGUCUGGGUAUUUCCUUGAGAUAAAUCCCUACUAAGUGUUCCGGGCUUACUCUCGAAUGUGUUCAGCCCUCCUUGAGCCAGGGAUAGCAAGAUCUAGGCAUCCUAAAAAGGGCCAGGCCAGGAAGUAUGUACCGUACGAUACAACCAUUGUCUUCUAUGAUAUCUGAUGGGGAACUUGCUCUGGGGAGAUAUGUAAACUUGUGUGUUUGUGUGUGUGCAUCUUCUCCUUAAAUGGAAGGCACUGCGCUGUCAACUUGUUGCUGUUUAUGAAGAUUAAAUUAUUUUUCCCCCCAUUGAGUGCCUGCAUUUUAGAAUUGAGGAAUUUGCCCAGGCACUAUAUUUACUCAUUGAUUCUUCUAAGCCACUUCAUGAUUUAGUGUCUUAACAACUGCAUGAACCGAAGGAUACAUUUAAAUAGUUUGGAACGGUGCCGCUGUUUUUAAAACUAUGUUUCCUUGUAACUACCUUAUUUCUUUUUGAUUAAAUGUGAAUGUCAUUUAGAUUGAACUCAUUCAUUAGCUUUUCGAUAGCCCACCCUGUGCAUUGCUUGCUAAACUUCCGGGUAUGGACUAAUGCAGCUUUAAAAAUGGCUAGUAUGGCUGGUUGAUUGCACUCCUUUUAGCUUUUUGGCUCAUAAACACCUACUUAUAGGGAAGGCGCACACUAGUGUGCAGGAAUGCUUCUUGAGUUUUUUCAUCUAGGCUCUCUUGCUUUGAGGAUUUUAUAAAAAUUUCUACAGCAAUAAAGUGACUGUUGUGGUGGCAGCCUGGAAUGAAAUGUCUGAACCUAUUUUAACGUUAUUUGUAGUUGUAUGUUGAGUCCCGAGGCUUGGAGUAUAAUUCCAUUAGAGGAAAAGAAACACAACAGAGUCCUCAACCCAAUCCAGCUGCAACUGCAGGCAACAAAACACACAUAACUGGCCACUCAGGAAUGUACAUCUGCAUUCUUAUGAAUCUCAAUAAACAUAGCUUUGCCAAUGGGCUGCUGCAUCCAGUCCUCACCCACAAUGCUCAGUGAUCACGCUUGCAAAGUCAGAGUGAGUGAGUGUAUGCCAUAUCUAUCUAUCUAUUAUCUAUCUUUGGAUCUCUUGGAAGACGGUUUUUCAGAGCUCUCAGGAUUACACCGCUCCCAGAACUAUUACUUAAUCAAGACAACUGCUUCCUGAAUAUGAUUUUAAACAUCGGGAAUUACAGCUAACUCAAUUCCAUUAGUGUUCUAUAUUUUAUAGCCUUCUAUAUAAAAGCUGGGGUGCAAAGAUCUGUUUAGGUUCCAGCCAAGGGUCUUGCAGGUCUAUUACAAACAGCUUCUAAAAGUCCCCUCCAGUUUCAAAGUGGUGUAUUGAGCAGCAGAGGGGCAGCAGUUGAGGGGCAGAGGUAAUCCUGGGCUCCUAGAAGUUGUUUUGUGGUAAUUGAAUCUUAGCCGAAGGCCUUUGAACUGGAGAAUGAAAAACCUUCCUUCUUACCUUGUGCCCAGAGCUGUAUAUUGCUCUCUGCUAAAAGUAGAAAUUUGCAUCCCAAAAGACGCAUGUGAGGUCCUCUGUAACAUAUGCAAAUGGAGUAUAUUUGCAUAAUUUCUCAAGUAACUCGAAUAUGUUGGCUAUUUUUCAUAACUCUGGUAUUGGUUAUGGGGGCCUGACCUGCCAGCUGCAAAAUGGGUGACCCUGUUUAUACUGUGGACCGGAUCCAAGAGGACAUGUCAUGUGCAGAGCAUCAUCUAGGCCUGUGCAUGUGGGGCCUUAGCUGGUGUGGGGAACAGAUGGGUGCUAAAAAAGACCGUUGUCAGCUAUUGGCAAGGGAAAGGGGCUGCACUGGUACUGAAUCCAGUUCAAGCAGCUGUUUUAGAAGGAUUUUAGCUUCCUGCACAGCCCCAUAUGUCAGAUUGGGCCUACCUAAGAACAGAUGCACACAGCCCUUAGUUGAAUCAAGUUAUACCGAUCUGUUCAAAUAGUACAUUCCGUAUAUUUCCAUGCAGAAGACCUGCUCCUUCCUUGGUAACGGCGCCAUUUUUAGGUGGCAGAUUGCUGCUGUACCCUGGCUGGCAGGGGCUGAGCAUACAUUUCAAAAAACCAAUUGAAAAAUUCAUCACUUUCCCUGUCUUCGAGGACUGAGGCACAAAAUGCUAAUGCCGGCCUCAGAGGGGAAAUAGUUCUCCUGCAUAUUUGAGAAAAUGUGAAACCCUUUCAAGGAAAUCUAAUAAACAUAAUCAUCGCAGCCUGCUGACACAAAGGAAAAAGGACCUCAUUCGCUCUUUCUUUUUUUAUGCUGCAAUUUAGUGGCCCCUGCUGAUUUACAAAUUGGAUCACAACCGUAAAUUAUCCAUGCCAGUACCUGUGAAAGUAAGCGCCGAGAUCCAUAUUUAUUUGGAGUUCUGCUUAAAUCAGCAAAAAUGAUAAAUUCGAUGGUCUGAAAUUGGAAAUACCGAGGGCUUUCUGCAAUGAUUGUGCAAAAUGUCUCCGCUCGUAAUUUAUUGUGACCCUCUUUCAUUCACGACGCUCUGUAUGCCUAAUAUUUAUUUCAACGCAAAUUAAAUUGCACCCUCCUAUGUUGUCA